AUGGCUUCUCUCUCUUGGGAAACACUGGUACAAAAAAAGCAAGCCGACAGUGCGGCCAAGAUCCCCGAAUCAUGGCGUCUACCUGCUGAGAGUACCACUCUUUCCGAUACAGCCAGAACGAACGUAAUUGACAUCCCUCGUCGGUGUGGUCUUCUAUCUUCGAAACAAUUGGACAUAACGGAGAAUUACGACGCGACCUCUCUCCUUGAAAAGAUCUCUUGUGGUGAACUCUCUGCUCACGAUGUCACCGAAGCCUUUUGCAUUCGCGCUGCGAUCGCACAGCAAGUCGAUUGUUUCAAUAUCAAAGGAGUUCCAUCAACCAUUGGAUUUACCUCCUUCAUCAAAAAUGGGCCCGUCGACUCUAACUCUCCACUUGUUCAAAUACUUGUGAAUCUCGGGGCCGUCCCGUAUGCUAAAACCAAUAUCCCUCAGACAAUGAUGGCUGCAGAUUCUCAUAACUAUGUCUUUGGCCGAACUCUGAACCCUCAUGCUUGGAAUCUGACCGCUGGAGGAUCUUCCGGGGGUGAGGGAGCAUUGAUUGCGAUGCGGGGAUCAGUGUUGGGAAUAGGGACUGACAUUGCGGGAUCAAUCCGCAUUCCUGCAAUUUGCAAUGGGACAUUUGCUCUUCGCCCAUCUGCGGAUAGAAUUCCAUAUGGUGGCCAAACAAGCUCCUCACGGCGCGGCCUCACGGGAAUCAAAGCCUGUGCUGGUCCAUUGGCAACUUCUGUGCGGGACUUGGAGCUUGUCAUGCGCUUAGUAACUCUAGCAGAUCCGUGGAAGUUUGACUCAACAGCUUUAUUUUCUCCGUGGCGCACGGUGAGAAAGAUGACGAAGCUUCGUCUCGGGUUGAUUCAAGAAGAUUCACAUUUUCCGCUUCAUCCCCCGAUCUUACGGACUCUUACAGAUGCGGUCAAAAAGCUACAAAAAGCAGGACAUGAGAUCGUUCCACUUGAUACGCCUUCUUUGAAAGAAGUCUGCGUACUGGCAUUCCGUAUGUUUGCCAUGGACCCGGCACAGAUCCCAUUUAGACACAUUGCUGCCAGCGGUGAACCAACAAUUCCUGCAUUGGCUUCAACGUCUCUAUCGCACGAAUACAUGGGAUAUGAGUAUGCCCCACUCACUCUGGAUGGACUAUAUGAUUUGAACGAGCAGCGUAAUAGAAUCAAGGAGCAAUUUCGCUCUCUCAUUGUCAAGGCUAAUGUGGAUGCAAUCAUCAUGCCUGGGUACCAGGGCACUGCUCAGCCACAUGACCAAUUUGGUUUUGUUCCAUACACGGUUCUCUGGAAUGUUUUAGAUUAUCCAGCGUGUAUUAUUCCAUUUAGCAAGGCUGACAAGGCCGCCGAUGCACCCUUUCUCCGAAAUGUGGACUACAAACCACCUUAUAUUCCUGGUGCUAUUGAUGGUGCACCAUGUUGUGUACAGCUUGUGGGUAGACAUAUGCAAGAGGAGGAGCUUAUUCAGGCUACCAUGCUUGUGUCGCUAGUACUUUCUGCGUGA